AACAAACUGGCAUGAUAAGGCAAAAGGAAUUAUUAGUGGAUUUUGACCUUUUGGACCUGAACAGUGCAAGCCGUGCACCUCCCAUUGUGAUGUGAUUUUCUUUAUCAAUCGAGUUGCUUAUUUUUAAUCUCACGACCUUUUGUCGCAACACGUUAAUCGGCCUGAACAUCAAGAUUUAAAUCAAUUCUGCGAUGGCUGAGGAAGUUGAUGGAAACACCAUUUUGGCUGAAGCUCUGAGAGAGCAGGGAGUCGAGAUCGUUUUCGGGAUUGUCGGCGUGCCGGUGAUCGAGCUGAGCAUGGCUAUGCAGCAGGCGGGAGUGCAGUUCGUCGGCAUGCGAAACGAGCAGGCCGCCUGCUACGCGGCCCAGGCGUGGGGCUUCCUCACGCAGCGUCCGGCGGCCUGUCUCGUCGUGUCCGGUCCAGGCGUGCUGCACGCCGUCGCUGGACUUGCCAACGCCAAGAUCAAUGCUUGGCCGGUGCUGUUGCUUGGAGGGGCGUGUCCGCAGGACCAUGAGGCCGUCGGCGGCUUUCAGGAGUAUCCGCAGGUGGAGUCGUGCAGCCUGCACUGCAAGUACUCAGGCAAGCCUGGCGGCGCGGCGCUGAUCCCUCAGCACGUGGCCAAGGCAGUCAGGGCAACGACGCACGGCCGACCUGGCGCCGCCUACCUCGACCUGUCGGCCAACGUUUUGACGCAGCAGGUGAGCUGGGACAACGUGCAGUUGGCUCCACGCUGUCCACCUCCGCCUGUCACGCUGCCCAGCCCUCAGGACGUAAGCAGGGCAGCUGAACUCCUACUUCAGGCAAACAGACCGUUGAUGAUCGUAGGCCCAAGCGGUGCUUACUGGCGUUGCGAGGAGGCCGUGGUGAAAAUGGCAGAGACAUUCAGGCUUCCAGUGCUGACGGCACCGCUGGCCAAGGGCAUGAUUCCCGACGAACACGCACAGAACGUCGGCACGGCCCGCAGCCUCGCGUUGCAGCAGGCCGAUGUUGUCCUGUUGGUCGGCAACCAGCUCAACUGGCAAAUGCACUUCGGACGACCGCCCAGGUUCAGUCCUGACGUCAAAUUUAUCCAGCUUGAAGUGGACCCCAACGAUUUGCACGAGAGCGUCCUCGCGUCUGUGCCUGUUGGUGGAGACCUUUCCGCAAGCCUAAACGCCCUGACGUCAGCCCUUCAGGGCCGUUGGACCGUCUCCAAGCUGUGGUGGCUGGAAUUGGACGCGGCCAUUGCCAAGAACAAGAAGUCUGUUGUCAGCAUGUGCUUGGAUGUGUCGACCCCUCUGAACUACUACGCCGUGUUCCACCACCUGCAGGAACUGCUGCCUAAAGAUUGCAUGAUUGUGAGCGAAGGUGCCAACACUAUGGACAUUGGCCGCACCAUCCUGCUGCACAACAAGCCGCGACACAGACUGGACGCAGGAAUAUUUGGGACGAUGGGAGUAGGCCUUGGUUUCGCCAUAGCUGCUGCAAAAUGGACGCAAAAGUACGCACCAAACAAGAGAGUGAUUUGCGUCGAAGGAGACUCUGCUUUCGGCUUUUCUGGAAUGGAGUUGGAAACUUUGUACAGAUAUAAGCUUCCUGUGAUCGUGGUGGUGGUGAACAACAAUGGCAUCUACGGCGGAUUCGAGCAGGAAAUGUGGGACGCCCUGAGAGAGGAGGGAGACUUGGCCCUCGUGAGCCCACCGACCAGCCUUAGCGUCAGCGUGCGAUACGAGAAAAUGAUGGAAAUGUUCGGCAAGCAAGGUCACUUCUGCCAAACCAUACCUGAGCUGCAGAAGGCUGUGACCGCCUGCCUGAAGGUGCAGGACGGGCCCAGCUUCAUCAAUGUCGCCAUCAACCCAAGCGCGGACCGAAAACCGCAAGCACAUUCCUGGCUGACAAGCUCUAAGCUGUGAAACGUGAUAAAGAAGCGAUUUUUUAGUUAUUGUUUGCCGCACAAAUUUUACACAACUGUUGCGUGACCGUUGAAAUAAAUUUUAUAUUUUGAAA